UGCUGUUAAUUAGAUUUUAGCACCAUGCUACUGACUAAUAACUUGGUUAGUGAUAGCUACAAAGGUGAAGUAGAUGGUUAAUAGACAACGUUAUAUGAAAACUUUAGGACUCAUUAAUUACAGGAAAAAGAAAGAAAUUAAAAAUUCCAUUGGUAACCAAAAAAUUAUUAUGUUAAUACCAAAUACAUUUAAAGAUAUAGGCAUUAUAAACAAAUUACAAAGCUUAACUCCUCAGAGACCAAAAAAAUAGUAAAAUUUCAAUACCAAAUGUAUUAUCUUACAUUAAUCAUUGUAGACGCAGGGUAUAAAAAUGUUAGGAGUAUUAAUAUUUGAUCGUACAUUCUUAUUCCAUAAUAUACAUUUACAUUAAUUAGUACUAAUAGCCCAAGAAAAUCAUGUUAAUCUAAAGUAAACAUCCAAACUUCUUGGUAAAAUAAUCCAUUCAGUUUUUGUUGUUAUUACUUUGAGGUGUCAACCAACGGUCUAGAGCAAUUUAAGGUUUAUCUUUGCUUAGUCUAUUAUUUUCUGGUCAAAUGCAUUGUAGUCUUCAUCACCAUUGGCCUCUCAUUUGUUCCCUAAAUACACUCCUUUUCUUCAUGCAAGUAAGUGUUUUAAUGACUCAAUUCAAAACACUGCAUUGACAUAAUUUGACCAUAAUCUGCAACCCCAUCUCCCACCCAAAAAAAAAAAAAAACAAUCAAUCGUCAUUUCUCAUAUGAUGAAGAUUUUUUAUCUUUCAUAAUUUUCUUCUUGUUUUAGAAGCUGUCCUUUUUUGCAAACCAUCUUCCAUAGGGCAGCCUUGGGGUUCAUCCGAGGCAGCUUGUCACUCUAAAAUUCUCCUCCAAAAAUGCAGGUCUAUCGACGUUUUUUCAUUUUGUUGUUCUCUUCUAUUCUGUUUUCAUUCUCUGCUGGACUCUCUGACCAUGAAGUAUCACUUCUUGCACGACGACAACUCUCAACACUUCCUGAAAGUGGUGUAUUACCUGAUAACUAUGAAUUUGAGGUCCAUGUAAAGUACACAUUCCCGAAUUCCAGGCUUAGACGUGCCUACAUUGCAUUAAAGGCAUGGAAAGAAGCUGUAUAUUCUGACCCUUAUAAAUUCACCAACAAUUGGAAAGGUCCAGAUGUUUGUAAGUACAAGGGCGUGUUUUGUUCGCCAGCUUUAGAUGACCCUAAUGUCACUGUUGUUGCUGGCAUUGAUCUGAAUCAUGCAGAUAUAGCAGGCUAUCUACCUGUAGAAUUAGGAUUAUUGACAGAUGCAGCUCUGUUCCAUCUCAAUUCCAAUAGAUUUUGUGGAAUUAUUCCAGAGAGUUUCUCCAGGCUUAGAUUGAUGCAUGAGUUAGAUCUCAGUAAUAAUCGUCUUGUUGGACCUUUUCCUAAGGUUGUUCUAAACAUGCCUAACCUUAAAUACUUGGAUUUAAGGUUUAAUAACUUUGAGGGAGAGUUACCUCCACAAUUGUUUGACAAAGAUCUUGAUGCUUUAUUCUUGAAUGACAAUCGAUUCGUCUCCACCAUACCUGGGACUAUUGGAAAUUCUUCAGCUUCUGUUAUUGUAUUUGCUAAUAACAAAUUCCAUGGUUGUAUUCCAAAUAGCAUUGGAAAAAUGUCAAACUUGGACGAAAUUGUAUUCAUGAACAAUGAUUUAGGUGGAUGUUUGCCUGUUGAAGUAGGGUUGUUAAAGAAUGUAACAGUGUUUGAUGUUGCUGGGAAUUCAUUUUCUGGGAUCUUACCAAAGACUCUUAAUGAUCUUUCACAUGUUGAACAAUUGGAUCUUUCACACAAUACCUUAACUGGAUUCGUACCUGAGAAUCUGUGUCGUCUUCCAAAUUUGAAGAAUUUCACGUUUUCGUUCAAUUACUUCAAUGGUGAGGCUAAAGGUUGUGAACCAAAUGUGAGGAAAGAUGUGUUUUUUGAUGAUACUAAUAAUUGUUUUCCUGAUAGACCAAAACAAAAGUCUCAAAAACAAUGUCAACCUAUUGUGAGCAAACCUAUUGAUUGUAGUAAAGCUAAAUGUGGAGCAUCAUCAUCAAAAUCUCCUCCUCAUAAGGAAAAGGAAAAGAAGCCAUUGCCACCAAAACCAAAGCCUAAUCAUCCUCCACCUACCCCUAAAACAUCUCCAAAGCCUCAAGUUUAUACUCCACCACCAACCCAAAAGAAGGCUUCUCCUCCUCCACCACCUUUGAAAUCGUCUCCGCCGCCACCUGUUCCUUCUCCUCCUCCUCCUCCUCUUGCUUCCUCUCCAUCACCACAAGUCUUUUCACCACCGCCUCCGGUACAUUCGUCACCACCACCUGUUCACUCUCCUCCUCCACCUGUUCGCUCUCCACCGCCACCUGUGCACUCCCCACCACCACCGCUAGUCCACUCCCCACCGCCGCCACCAAUUCAUUCUACACCACCACCCGUCCACUCUCCACCACCACCACCGGUUCAUUCUCCUCCUCCACCACCACCCGUCCGCUCUCCACCACCACCUCCUCCUAGGUUGUCUUCACCUCCACCUUUUGAAAAUGUUGUCCUUCCACCAAACAUUGGUUCAAUUUAUGCAUCACCACCUCCUCCUAUCUUCCCUGGAUAUUAAACAGUGGAAACUCUGUCUCUUUUCACCUCUGUAAUUAAUUAGUAGCGUGUUUAGUACACGUAGAACUGCAUCAUCGUAUAUAUUUCUUGUUGUUAAGAGUAUCAGCUAUCAAGUAUACAAUGAUGUUUUGUCUUUUUUCCUUUUAACUGAUUGGAUAUCAUUUUCGAAGGAGUGUAUAUGGAAUUGUUGUAAGAGUUAGUUUUGUAUGUUUGACAGUUUUGUCUAUUGUUUCUAUAACAAAAACGCAAACAAACAGUCAUGUUUUCUCAAGAAUUUAAGAAUAAAUAGCACUGGUAAGUGUAAAGUGCAUAGUCGAGACCCUUCAGAAAAAUAUAAAAUAACAAUGAAUUGAGCAUGAA